UGGUUAUAAGAAACCUGGAAUGGAAUGAAAGCUGCUCAACUGAGAGCUCUUCCGUAGUUCAACUUCCAUGGCGGUCUUUGUCUGCCAUGGAUCUACCCUUCUCCUUCCAAACUCACCACGAAAGAGAACCACUCUUCUCUGCAACUACAGCACCCACAAUGGACAAAACUUGACAUUCGUUCGAGGACAAAAGCUCUUGAAAGAUCUCACCACUUGGGGAAUCGGUGGUCCUUGUAAUUACUUUACCCAAGUUUUCAAUCCCACCCAAGUCGUUUCUGCUAUCAGAUACUGCCAUGAGCAUUGCUUGAGGUUCAUGAUAAUUGGUAAAGGCUCAAAUUGUCUGUUUGAUGAUUUGGGUUUUGAUGGGUGCGUUAUUCUGAAUCGGAUUGAGUCGUUGGAGAUGAUGGGAGGUGGAGUAUACAAGGUUGGAAGCGGUUACAGAUUCAAUCGUUUGGGGGUGCAAUGCUCCAAUGAAGGAUUUACAGGCCUGGAAUUUGCUGGUGGCAUUCCUGGGACUGUGGGUGGAGCCACUUACAUGAAUGCUGGAGCGAAUGGCCAGGAGACUGCUGAUGUUGUUGAGAGCGUUGAUGUUGUGACUAUUGAUGGGAAGUUACAAAGAUUUGAAAGAGCUGAUCUCAUCUUUGGCUACCGUUCAUCUCCCUUUCAAAGGAUGCCAAACUUGGCAGCCAUUGUUGCUGUCACAUUUCGACUGCAGAGCUCAAGAACAUCAAAGACAAAGCUGCAAGAAUAUUUAGAGAGAAGAAGAGCAUCUCAGCCAAUUGGAGAAAGAAGUGCUGGAUCAGUGUUUAGAAAUCCAUCAGAUUUGGGUGUUGGAGCUGGAGAGUUGAUUGAAAAAGCUGGACUUAAAGGCUUUGGAGUGGGAGGGGCAAUGAUAUCGAAACUUCAUGCAAACUUUUUCAUUAAUACUAAUGGCUCAACAUCUCAAGAUAUGCUUGAUCUCAUUGCUGUUGCUAAGGACAAGGUUUAUCAGAAAUUCGGGGUACAACUCAAGGAAGAAGUUUUAUAUGUUAAUCCCAGUAAAGCUACUUGAUCUAAACUGGUUGUGUAGAUGAAGAAAACUAGAGGCUAAUGAUUGUUUGUAAAAAGAAUAGUGCAAUAAUAAGGCUCAAUAAUUAAGUUGUAAUUUGUUCAACUGAGAAAAAAACCAUUCUUUCAAAUAGUUUUCAAUGUCUUUUCUUCAACA